AUGCUUACGUUCAAAUACUUACAAACAUUUCUCGCUUUUCACGCGUUCUUUCUCUCUCUCUAUCAUUCUAUCUUGCACGCAAUUUGUUCAUAUCUAUCUAUCUAUCUGACUUUUCUAUUUAUUUUUUAUCUUACUCUCUUUAUAUCUGUAUGUGUCUUUUUUCUCCUGUUUUUCUUUUUUCUAUCUAUCUAUCUAUCUAUCUAUCUAUCUAUCUAUCUAUCUAUCUAUCUAUCUCAGUCUGUUUAUCUCUCUCUGUCUAUAUAUUUAUCUCUCUCUCAUUCUAUAUUAGUCUUUUUCUUUUUUCUAUCUAUCUAUCUAUCUAUCUAUCUAUCUAUCUAUUUCAGUCUGUUCAUAUCUAUCUAUCUAUCUAUCUAUCUAUCUCAGUCUGUUCAUAUCUAUCUAUCUAUCUAUCUAUCUAUCUAUCUAUCUAUCUAUUUAUCUAUCUAUCUAUCCACAUAUAUACGGAUAUGUAUACGUCUCUUUGUAUUAGUCAAUCUCCAUAGAGAUAUCCUUCAAUCAAUCCGUCCUUCUAUUUCAUCUCUUGCUUUCUAUCUCUCUCCCCCCUUCUCUCUCUCUCUCCACUUCUCUCUCUCUCUCUCUCUCUUAAGGAUGCGUUCAGUAUUGGAAAGAUUUACUUUUAACGUUAACAGUGUUAUUUCUAUCCAGCAUCCCUGCGGCGAACAAUUGAAGUUGCCAAGGCCAGAAAAUUGCCUGCUAUCUUUAUCUUUGUUGAUUUCAGCAAAAGCCUUCCAUGAUAUUCACCGAGACAAGAUGCUGUAA